AUUAAUAAACAAAUAAAUUAAAAAGUGCGCGCAAUCGAAUCGAAUAAGUACACACACUACAGCUGAAGCGUUUUAUAAGCUGCUUGCUUGAUUAAUUAAAGACCUUAGUGGCAAAGGUCAAGAGGCUAUUAGCCCGCUGAGCAGCACUUCAAAGUGCCAGCAAUUAGUUGCAUGAAUGGCACUUGAAGUGCUCAGCAGACAGCUUAAAGCAAAUCUCUUGCGGCCAGGACAUGCCACUGACAGCUUCAAUUGUUAUAUAGAUUCCAUUUAAUUAUUUUUUUACACUCACGUAUAUAAUUUGAAAAUUGUGUCGAAAUUCAAGUGCUUUGACACACGUUCGGUUUAAUCACAGAAGAACAAGCGUAGAAUGUGCGAGAAUUUGUGGCUCAAGCAGCUGCCCAAUCACUUCAUCUUUCGCCUGCUGCAUUAUUGCCACAUCGCGUUGCAGCUGCGCGACGAGCUCGCAGGCAAGGCCACGCCCCAAAGGCGGCACAGCUAUUAUCAGUCGCAACCCUUUGCGCUGUGGCUGACGCAUUUGCUGCUGACCUAUGCGGCGGAUAUGUUGGUCAAUGUGCUGCUGGGUGCGCUGCCGCUGGAGCCGCUGAGCAAUGCGCCGGAUGUGCUGCUCUGCAGCAUCUGCUGGUAUCUCAUCUUCUAUAGUCCUUACGAUAUGGUGCAUGCGCUGGCGCGCACUUUGGGCUUUCGUCUGCUGGCGGCGCCAGUCAAUGCCAUCAAUCAACUGCUGGUCAUUGAUCGCGGCAUCUACGAGGCGGGCAGAGUGUAUGGCCAGCAUGCCAUCCUGCCUAUACUGGUGGUGGGCACUAUACUGGGCAGUGGCGCCGAGCUUCUCAAGCCUGUGGCUGCGCUGCUCAUCAAUCGCUGCCAGCAGUCGAGCGCCGCCUUCGUCAAGCUGAGCACCAACUCGAAGCUCUCGCUGCUCGUCUGCUGCCUGCAGCUGUUGCAACAUCAUCGCAACUCGCUGCUGCUCGGACUCAGUGCUGCGCAGCUGCAGCGCUGCCUGCUUUACCUGCUGCUGGGCCACAAGUGUCUGCUGCUGCUUCGUCGCUAUCGCUGGGAGCACUUUAUCUGGCUGUGGGAGCAGCGUCUGUGCUACGCCUGCUUCGGUGGCCUCUAUGUGGAUUUAAUCAACUUUUUUCAAGCCAAGCACAAAUGUUUGUAAGAAGAAAUUGGCUUAAAUCCACAUGGAGCUUGCCAUUGCGUAACUGCAGCCACUGAAGCGUUUGACUGACUGUCAGCUAAGCGGCUUAAAUUACACAGCCACCCACCCAGCCACUGCCCACAGCUGUUGUCCAGGUGGCAGGCAGAUGUGCCGGCUGAUUGGCCAGCGCUUUCUCAGUUUACAGCGUGUGUCGCUAAGCGGCUUAGCAUUGAACUUUGUGCACGCUGCAAGUGCAUGGACAUGGGCGGCGCCCUGCCCAAAGGGGGUGGCUGCACCAUAUAUGGCUUUUAAAUAUUUUAUGUAUACUUAGAAAAGCGAGUGCUUUGCUUUAGGCAAUAAACUAACAAAUU